UGUCUAUUCUAUGCCUUUACGUUAGGUUCGGUUCUCCACAUAUUGUCAACAUCAUCACCAAAGAUUAUAGGGAUAUAAGAAACUAGUAGGUCCACCGUGGACUGCCCUUCCAACUUCAUCAAAUAGUUCCUAGUAAGAGUUAAGAAAGUCGAUUAAUUCCUUCACGUAAAAUUGUAUGAGAGACUAAAUUGAUUUCUUUUGUUUGCUGUAUUUGCAUUGCUUUUUUAUCUUUCCUUUUAUUUGUUCGGUCUAGUUUUAUUCUUUUUUUAGUAACUGUUAUCCUAAUUCGUUUCUACCGAUUUAGUUUUUUGUUCAUCCAUACACCAUGCUGUUUUCGUCCUGGAUAGGUGCUGCGUAUUUUGUAGGAUCGGCUCUCGCUACUAUUUCUUAUGAUCCGCUUGUCCAAGGUGCUAGUUCCUAUAAGUAUCAGGUACCAAAGCAAAAUCCUAACACAAACCCAUAUUAUGUACAAGAGGAAUCGUUGGCAGUUUUCCCUUUUGAUGAACCUUUGGGUGGUCAUGCAUUUGUUUCUGGCCAUUUUAUAGAUCCCAUUGUAGAAAAUGACACUGAGUCGGCUUAUGUGGAAUUGCUUCUUAAGCCAAAUGUGAGCGCCAGAGCGGUCUUUUUCCGAAGUAUUUUCUACCCAGACUUAUUUCAAGGUUAUAAACACGCAAUCGACGGUUUUAAAGAUUUUGAAUUCCUCAAAAAUCUUAGUUCAGGGGACUGGGAGCCUUUUCACAUCAGCCCUGACUCAGAUGUGCUAUACUCGAAGCAACAAAUUUAUGAACCAGGUAUGCACUUUUUUGUUGGGUUUUAUGAUCCCACAUUGGAUUAUAAAUCCUCUUUGCCAGGAGAGUCGAUAACCUCCAUGUCUAAACAAGAGGUCGAACCUGUUAUUCAAAUACGUUACAAAUCUGGUGAUCAUAAAGAUACCACACAGAUAUCACGUUUCUUCAUCUUUUUGUCGGUAAUUUCCAGUUGCAUAGGCUUUUAUUGGGCUAUCCGCUGGUUUCGUAAUCCCCAAAAGGUUAGCUUUACUCAACUUUUAUUGCUCACUUGGUAUAUUGCAUUUUUGUUUAAUCACCCUAUAAAGCAAUCAGUGUUUUCGAAUAAGGAUCUUUACAAAAAUCAUCAAGACUUGACUAUGUCUUCAAUUUUUUUUAGUUACAUCUUCGGUGAUGGAAUUGAACGUCCUUUAUUCAAUUCCUUUUCUUUGGCGUCUUCUUUCGGCAUGGGUUACGCCCGACGUAGUUCGAAGAAGUUAAUUUUCUUGGUCAUAUUACUAACGUGGUUGCAAAUGGCGUUUAUUAUUUGUGCGCCUCUUGUUUUCCCUAUUCUGAGCAUAUUUGGUUCUUCCAAAGCAAAGUCUUUGCAAGUCUCAUGGAUGCUUUUCAACUUUGGUUAUAUCCCAUCAGUAUUCUUCAUCGGAUACUUGAUAACCGAUAGGAAGAGCGUUUUACCGGGUACUAGUAGAGUCGCGAACAUUGUAAAACACAUGGUGUUUAUUUUAUUAUCAACCUGUGUAAGCUUAUCGAUUUACAUGAAUAGCGCGGCAUCCUUCGAUUAUAUAAGUGAAACCUUGAAAAUCAUUUAUGGUGUUUUAUACUUCUGUGUUGCCGUAGGCUUUCUGAAUGAAUAUGAGCAAAUGGUGAACGUUGACACACUUAACAAUUCGCAAGAGCUUUCGCCAUUAUGUGACGAUGAUAUUAAGAAGGUUCCGCUUGAAUAAAUUGGAUCCAAGUUUUUUCGAUCUGCAUUUGCAUAGUCUUUACCAAUCUUAUUUAUAGCAAUCAUAAUACAAUCCCUAGAAGAAUCUAGUUUACGCAAGUAUUAAAUUUAGAUAUAGUACAUAAACGCCCAA